AUGGCGGGCGCACUGGCCGACUCGCUCCAGGGACUGACCCUGGAAGAAAUGGCCGCGGCCAAGAACCCCAUCGACUUCUACCGGUCAUACAUCGCCGAGAUUCUCGCCCCGCUGCUCGACCGUAAGGCCGACGAGGUCAUCAACUUCCUGCAAUGGACCGCCACCCUCGACAAAGGCGACCUGUCGCUCCCCACGGCGGCCUUGCGGAUUAAAGGUAAAAAGCCCCAAGAUAUCUCGGAAGAGAUUGUCGCAAAGUUCCCCAAGGAAGACGAUACCUUGGUCACGGCGACGCAAGCAGGGCCGUUCGUGCAGUUCUUCUUUAAGCCGCAGCCGCUGGUGCAGCGAGUGAUCCCGGAGAUCUUGAAGACGACGAAAGCGUACGGCACGAACCCGACGUCCGGCAUGAAAGACCUAAGUGCGCCGCUGUCUCAGAAGAACCAAAAAACAUUGAUCGUGGAGUUCUCGUCGCCGAACAUCGCCAAGGAGUUUCAUGCGGGGCAUUUACGGAGCACGAUCAUCGGCGGGUUCAUCGCGAAGCUGUACGCGUCGCUGGGGUGGGACGUGCUCAAAAUGAAUUACCUGGGCGACUGGGGCAAGCAGUAUGGGCUAUUGGCAAAUGGGUUCAAGCAGUUCGGCAGUCAGGAGGAGCUGGCCAAGAAUUCGAUCGCACAUUUGUUUUACGUCUACGUGGAGAUCAACAAGAUCAAGACGGUGCAGGAUGGGCCGAUCAACGAGCUGAAGAAAGAGAUCAAGGAGAAGAAGGCGGCAGGCGCGGAUGUUUCCGAGCUGGAGGCGAAAUUAGAACCGCUGGUCGAGGCGAGUGAGGACGAAAAGGCACGGAAGUACUUCAAGAGUAUGGAAGAUGGAGACCCAGAGGCGCUGGCGCUGUGGCAGCAGUUCCGUGAUCUCAGCAUCGCCAAAUACAAGAGGACGUAUGCGCGGCUGAACAUCGAGUUCGACGUCUACUCGGGCGAAUCACAAGUCGGUGCUGAGACGAUCAAAUCGGUGCUGGACAAUCUGAUGGCCCAGAAGAUUGCCGAGGAGUCCGACGGUGCGGUUUUGAUCGAUUUCAGCAAGCACGGGGCCAAGAAGCUCAACAAAGCCAUCAUUGUCCGCAAGGACGGGACGCCUCUCUACCUGACCCGCGACCUGGCGGCGAUCCUGGAGCGUAACGAGAAAUAUCACUUUGAUAAGAUGAUCUACGUGAUUGCCGAUCAGCAGAAUGAGCACGUAGCUCAAUUAUUCCGGACGACGGAGGUCAGUGGACACAAGGAUGUAGCCGACAAAUGCGAGCACAUUUCUUUCGGCAUGGUCAAAGGCAUGAGUACCCGAAAGGGGACGGUCAAAUUCCUGGACGACGUGAUCCAAGAGGUGAAGGAUGUGAUGCUUGAUGUGAUGAGGAAGAACGAGAAGAAGUACGAUGCGUUGGACGACCCGGAUGCCGUGGCGGACAUUCUUGCCAUCACCGCAAUCAUGGUGCAAGACCUGACUGGCAAAGUUCGGAAUGGGUAUGAGUUCAACAUCAGCCAGAUGACGGCGUUUGAGGGAGACACUGGACCGUACUUGCAGUAUGCGCAUGCCCGACUAUGCUCCAUCGAACGCAAAGCCAAUGCAGACCUUAGCUCACUCGGCACCGCUGACCUCUCACUGCUCACGGAACCCCACGCGAUCAACCUGGUUCGGUCGCUGGCCCAAUAUCCUGAUGUGAUUCUGAAUACGCUCAAGACACGGGAGCCUGCGACGGUGCUGACUUAUCUAUUCAAGAUGGCACAUGCGUUGAGUUCCAGCUACGACCAUUUGCAAGUUGUUGGGAGUGAACCUGAGUUACAAAAGGCUCGAUUGGCCCUGUACGAGGCUGCCCGACAGGUGUUGUGGAAUGGUAUGACCUUGCUCGGGUUAACCCCGGUGCAACGGAUGUAA